UAUAUAGUUUCCACUUUGUCCAAGAACCACCCAAUUCACAUUAAUACUCUACCAACAUCGAGAAUCUCACCCCCCCUUCCUCCAUCCCUUAUUUCCUUCCAUUUUCUCUCUCCUCUUUCUUUCCUUUCAACUUCCCCCCUCUCUUCAGCAGAAGCCAUAGCAGAAUAAGAAGAGGAGAGAGAAAAAACAGGCGAGAAACUUCAAGAGUGUGUUUUCUUUUUCUUUACAAAGUAAAGAUUGUGACUUGUGCCAAAUUUAGAGAGAAAAUUAAUUUUGUAAUGGUUUUUUCAGCAAAAUCCAACAACAACAAUGAAGGUUGGGGAAUGGGUUUUUUGUUAAUCUUGUUUCAUCAUCACCCAGAUGGUGGUGCUGGUGAUACUGAUAAUAAUAAUGCUCAUCAUUCUCCUUUCACCAAGAAAAAAGCUUCAUUUUCUCUCUCUUCUCCUUCUUUUGCUGCAAAAUCUACGAAUUUACUGCUUUCUAAAACUCAAUCUACUCUUUCAAUUUGUGGGAUUUUGGUUUUUACUACUCUUCUUCUUUUUACUCUUUCAACUUUUGAACCCACCUCUGUUCUUCACCACCAUGCUCAUCCAUUAUCUCGAAGAUUUCUUACACAACAACAAGAACAAGAGAGUAAAAAACACAGUAAGAUUAGCAAAAGUAAUACAGUUUUUAGUUAUUUUUCACUAUCAUCGACUACCAAUGCGGGUAAUUUUACCCGCAUUGCGACGACUAGUCCAGCUUUACAUAGAAUGGGUGCACUUUAUUUGAGGGGAAGUAAAGCUAUGACUGAUCUAGUAGUUGGUCAUGUUGCUGAAGAUACUACUGAGAAAGAAUUGACAACUUUUUUACGUGUAAUUCAGCACUCUGGCCUUCUUUCUCGUUCCGACAUUGUUUUCAUCUUCUCUUCCGCGGUGGCUGAGUCGAGAUUUGGUCGUUUGUUGAAGUCAGAGUGCGACUCGUUUCUCCGACUCGUUCAACUCGGGGGCGAACUCGGGAAGUUCACCGAGUUGAAUUCCGGGUUGACUCGGUACUCGAGGGAAGUUGGGGAGGGGGAGAAGGAGCCCAUGUGGGGGAGGAAACGAGUGAACUCAACUGAUGCCGAGUUGACUCGGUCGAGUUAUGGGUCGGUGAUGAGCUUCGACGCGUCCGAGCUUGACCCGGAAGACACGCUUUCGGGUUUCCUGGAUCACGUGCCGAUGAGUUUGAGGAGGUGGGCGAGUUACCCCAUGUUACUCGGCCGAGUUCGCCGACAGUUUAAGCAUAUACUCCUGGUUGAUGUUAAGAGCAAGCUUAUUUUAUCCGACCCGUUUAGCCGGGUCAGGAAUCGGACGUCUGAGUCGGUGUUUCUUUGGUCCAACUCGGAUGCCGAGUUGACUCGGCACCACGGGAAGAGGAACUCGGGCAAGGGACGCGAGGCCGCCUCCAGCCCGAAAGCGCAACUCAAUCCAGGGAUUAUAGUUGGUGGAAGCCGCGGAGUGCGACGAUUCGCCUCCGCGGCGUUGACGGAAAUCGUUAGGGUUGUUAUUGAGCACAAGGGAAGAGGCCGUAGCUUGAUCACUGAGUCAGGACUCGUGAACCAACUCGUUCAUAGUGGGCACCUCCUUAAGAAUAUUAUAUUGAUCACACCGACCGAGUCGAUGCCCGAGUUGAGUUCACUCACUGGGUUGAAAUCGGUCGACUCGGGGUCGAAUUUCCUAAAAUUGUCCGAUUAUUUCAGUGUGGUACAACGUGGUCAUAGUAGUAGUGGUGGUGGUAGUUUUGAUAUUGAUAAUGUGGUUAUAAAAGAGAUUUGUGCAUCUCAUAAAUUAUAUUCUUCUGUUUAUAGUGAUUGUUUGAGCAGUUAAUAAUAGUUAGUUUUAGUUGAUAGUGCAAGAAACUGGAAGAAAAAAAAAACACAUAGGAGAAUAAAAAACAGAAUAUUUUCUGUUGAUCAUAUGUGCAAAUUCUGUUCAUAAAAUAUGGAACAAUUUUGGAAAGUGAAAUUAUUACAAUUUAUUUACUUUGCGGUGGAA